AUGACGUGGAAGGAUAUUGCGCCCGUGCCUACGGCGCAGGAGUUUAUUGAUAUCAUCCUCUCGCGGACACAGAGGAGAUUGCCCACUCAGAUCCGUGCUGGCUUCAAGAUCAGCAGAAUUCGCGCCUUCUAUACCCGCAAGGUCAAGUUCACACAGGAAACAUGCAGCGAAAAGUUCGGCGCCAUUGUUUCCAGCUUUCCCAUCCUCACGGAUCAGCAUCCCUUCCACCGCGACUUGAUGAAUAUUCUCUAUGAUGCCGACCAUUUCAAGGUGGCCCUCGGCCAGGUCUCGACAGCCAAGCACUUGAUCGAGACCAUCUCUCGCGACUACGUCCGUCUCCUCAAGUACUCUCAGAGUUUGUACCAGUGCAAGCAGCUCAAGAGGGCCGCUCUCGGUCGUAUGGCCACUCUCAUCAAGAGGCUAAAAGACCCUCUCGCCUAUCUCGACCAGGUCAGACAGCAUUUGGCCAGAUUGCCCGACAUCAACCCCACCACCCGUACUCUCCUCGUUGCCGGUUUCCCCAACGUCGGCAAGAGUUCGUUCGUCAGCUCCGUCACCAGGGCCGAUACCCCCGUUGAGCCCUAUGCUUUCACAACCAAGAGCUUGUUCGUCGGUCAUCUUGACUACAAGUACCUCCGCUAUCAAGUAAUCGACACCCCCGGUAUUCUCGACCACCCCCUCGAGGAAAUGAACACCAUCGAAAUGCAGUCCGUUACCGCCCUUGCCCAUCUCAGAGCCGCCAUUUGCUUCUUCAUCGACAUCAGCGAGCAGUGCGGUUACUCACUGAAGGCGCAAAUCAACCUCUUCAAGUCGAUCAAGCCCCUUUUCGCCAACAAGAUGGUCUUUGUCGUCUUGAACAAGAUGGAUGUGAAGAAAUUUGAGGAGUUGGAGCCAGAGAUGCAGGCCGAGCUCAACGACCUCGUCAAGUCUGGCGAUGUCGAGCUUCUCCGUGCUUCGUGCGCCACCCAGGAGGGUGUUCAGGACGUCAAGAACCACGUUUGCGAGCGUCUGCUCGCUGAGCGUGUCUCUCAAAAGUUGAAGGCUGGCACUGGCAGCAGCGGCAACAUGGGCUCUCGCCUCACCGAGGUUAUGGCCCGUAUUCAUGUUGCCCAGCCUAUGGGUGGUGUUACUCGCGAGACUUUUGUCCCAGAAGCUAUCAAGAACAUGAAGAAGUACGACAAGAACGACCCCGAAAGAAGAAGGUUGGCUCGUGACGAGGAGUUCGAGAAUGGUGGUGCCGGUGUGUUCAACGUCGAUCUCAAGAGGGAUUAUCUCCUCGCCAACCCAGAAUGGAAGUACGACAAGAUCCCCGAGAUUUACGAUGGCAAAAACGUCUACGACUAUGUCGACCCAGAUAUCGACGCCAAGCUUGCCGCGCUCGAGGAGGAGGAGGAGCGUCUCGAGAAGGAGGGCUUCUACAAGUCCGACUCGGAUGUUGGCGAUGAGUCUGAGGAGGAGGUUCUCCAGAAGGCCGAGUUGAUCCGUGAGAAGCACAAGCUCAUCCGCAACGAGGCCAAGAUGCGCAAGUCUCUCAAGAACCGCGCCAUGAUCCCUCGCAAGUCGCUCAAGAAGUCGUUCUCUCAGCUCGAGGACCACCUUGACCAAUUGGGUGUUGAUACCCAGGAGAUUGACCUCCGUGGUCGCGCGGCCGUUCGUGAGACCCGUGGCAGAUCAGUUGGUGCCCGCUCCAGAACCGGCACUGUUGACCCAGAUGCCAUGGAUGUUGACAAUGCUCCUUCGGCGAGAGACAGACUCCGCAGCCAGAGCAGACCCCGUGACAGAUCCGUCAUGGCGACGAACCGUCGCGAGGAUGGUGUCACAGACGAGCUUGUGCGGACAAAGGUGGAGAGGCAGGCCAAGCUUGCUCAGCGCAAGAUGAACCGCAUGGCGAGACAGGGUGAGGCUGAUAGGCAUAUUGGUGCUACCAUGCCCAAGCAUCUGUUUUCUGGCAAGCGCACAAUCGGCAAGACCAGCAGUCGUUAA